UUUCUGUCCAAAGCUUGGAGCGCGAGGCCCAAUCGUCGUGACGAUACGAGAUAGCACCACGAUUCUAUGAUCACAAAGACGAUUACCCCGGCCUUUGCGUUUGUAGUUGAUCCAUCUCAUCGUUCGAAAUCUAUACCGCUCACCAAGAAGUGAUAACAAGACCAUAUCAAACAACCAUGCCUUCGUUCCUUGAACUCCGUCAGCAAAUCAAAGCCCAUGCCCACUUCAUCUAUCCUCAGUUCAAUGUCGACCACUUUGCCAUUAUUCUUGUAGAAGAUAUCACCCACGUGCCAGACUCUAGGACUUGGAAAGCCAUGCUGGUUACUCUGAAUCCUGAUAGAAGCUCGCACUUCCUGGUCGGUGCUUUUGGUGAAUGUGUCCGCGAGGCCAUGGUGGUCUUGUUGAUCACCACCACUCACAUGAUGAGAGAGCGUGCAUUGGGUUUAGUCACGGCGAUAUGCUCGAGUGUAAUCCUUGAUGGACAUCUCCUUCACUGAUCUUCGGAGUGGACAUCAUCGCGAACGAACCAAGAGUGAGUCGUCUCGUCGCUUGAGUACCACAUCGACCUUCAAUCUCACUUCGAUCACCCUGUCGACGAAUUCCGCG